AUGUCUGUCCCAAACCCAUCCCCUGUUCUCUUCGCUUCGCCGCUCGUCUCCGCAGAAGCAACAGGCGGAGGCGAGGGAUCCGCGGGUGCGGCUGAUGGCUUCCCUUGGCAGCUCCUUUGCGCCAUCCCUGGCCGCUCCUUUGCGCCAUCCGCUCGCCUCCCUUGUGUCCCUCCCCUUUCCACUCCGCAGAAGCACCAGGCGGAGGCGAGGGACCCGCGGGUGCGGCUGAUGGUGGGCGACCAGGCGAAUGGGACAUUCCUGGAGCAAGUGGUGGCUGAGAUAAAGAGUGCGGUGGGUCUGCUUGACUUCAUAGUGGACGAUGGUGGUCACACCAUGGAUCAGCAUCAGACAUCCCUCAAACACCUCCUACCACUUGUCAAGCCUUGCUUCCCCUGCAAUCCCUCUCUCGUUCUUCUCCUCCUCACUGUCUGCCCAACUUCCGCAUGA